AUGGGGAAGGCCAAAACAUUCAUCGUCCCCAACAGAGACAUUCCACUGAAACCGUACCCCAAGAGCCAAGUACAGAAACCGUACCCCAAGAGCCAACAUUCCAGAAACCGUACCCCAAGAGCCAACAUUCCCAGAAACCGUACCCAAAGAGCCAACAUUCCCAGAAACCGUACCCCAAGAGCCAACAUUCCCAGAAACCGUACCCCAAGAGCCAAGUACAGAAAUCGUACCCCAAGAGCCAAGUACAGAAAUCGUACCCCAAGAGCCAAGUACAGAAAUCGAACCCCAAGAGCCAAGUACAGAAAUCGAACCCCAAGAGCCAAGUACAGAAAUCGUACCCCAAGAGCCAAGUACAGAAAUCGAACCCCAAGAGCCAAGUACAGAAAUCGUACCCCAAGAGCCAAGUACAGAAAUCGAACCCCAAGAGCCAACAUUCCCAAGAGAAAUCAACCCCAAGAGCCAAGUUCACAGAAAUCGUACCCCAAAGAGCCAACAUUCCCAGAAAUCAGAGCCAGAAAUCCAGAAAUCAUACCCCAAGAGAAAUCGUACCCCAAGAGCCAAGUACAGAAAUCGUACCCCAAGAGCCAAGUACAGAAAUCGUACCCCAAGAGCCAAGUACAGAAAUCGAACCCCAAGAGCCAAGUACAGAAAUCGACCCCCAAGACCCCAAGAGCCAACAGUACAGAAAUCGAAAUCCCCCAAGAGCCAACAUUCCCAGUCAUACCCCAAGAAAUCAGAAAUCAUAACCCCAAGAGCCAAGUACAGAAAUCGUACCCCAAGAGCCAAGUACAGAAAUCGUACCCCAAGAGCCAAGUACAGAUUCCAGAAAUCCCCCCCCAAGAGCCAAGUACAGAAAUCGAACCCCAAGAGCCAAGUACAGAAAUCGUACCCCAAGAGCCAAGUACAGAAAUCGAUACCCCAAGCGCUAACAUUCCCAGAAACCGUACCCCAAGAGCCAACAUUCCCAGAAACCGUACCCCAAGAGCCAACAUUCCCAGAAAUCAUACCCCAAGAGCCAACAUUCCCAGAAAUCGAACCCCAAGAGCCAACAUUCCCAGAAAUCGAACCCCAAGCGCCAUCAAGCCCAGAAAUCAAACCCCAAGCGCCAUCAAGCCCAGAAAUCGAACCCCAAGCGCCGUGAAACCCUGA